AUGGCGGCCUCCGAGAAAGGUUCCUCCAGAGGGAAAGCGUCCUCUCUCCAGGGAGGCCUCUCUUGCGCUGUCAUCCAGACGAUCCGAGCGCUCGCAGCAAAACAUCGUCGGACACCAUGGCCUCCUUUUCCCAUGGGACAGAAAUCGAAGGGGACUUACAGAAGCGCCUCCUCCUUCCUCCUCGAGCAGCUGAUGCAGCGCUCUCAGGAAGCGGAGGACCGUCACGGCGAAGAGGAGUCGGAGGAGUCCGUAGAGUCCGAAAUAAUGAAUCUGGAGGAGGACUUUGAUGGGAUCCUGAGAGAGGAGGCCGUGGCUGAAGCACUCAGUGAUUUGGGGUGGUCAGGCCCUGGGACCGAGCAGGUCUACCUCAACCUAAAUUUAUCAAACUGUGAGUUAGUUGACGUCAGCGUCCUGUGUGACUACAUUCACCUGCAGAAGCUGAAUCUUUCUGCAAACAAAAUCGAAGACUUGUCUUGUGUGAGCCACAUGCCGUAUCUUCUAGAACUAAAUGCUUCCCAGAACAAGCUGACUACCUUUUUCAAUUUCAAGCCACCCAAGAAUCUCCAGAAGGUGGAUUUUUCCCACAACGAAAUUUCUGAAAUGGGUGACCUGUCAGCGUACCACACUCUCACUCAGCUAAUUUUGGACAACAACGAGAUAGAAGACAUCAGUGGGAUAGAGAAUUGCGUCUGCCUGACCCACCUGAGUCUGGCUGCUAACAAGAUCACAGCAAUCAAUGGUUUAGGAACCUUACCCAUCAAAGUGCUUUGCUUGAGACACAACAAUAUUGAGACCAUCACAGGUCUGGAGGACCUGAAAGCCUUGCAGAAGCUGGAUCUGUCCUACAAUCGGAUCAGUAGCCUCCAGGGCUUGGAGAACCACGACCUCCUGGAAAUGAUCAACCUAGAGGAUAACAAGAUUGAGGAGCUGAGUGAAAUAGAAUACAUUGAAAAUCUUCCUAUGCUUCGAGUUCUCAAUCUACUAAAGAAUCCAAUUCAGGAAAAAUCUGAAUACUGGUUAUUUGUAAUAUUUAUGCUGCUGCGACUGACAGAAUUAGAUCAGCAGAAGAUUAGAGUGGAAGAAAAGGUUACUGCAGUGAAUAAGUAUGACCCUCCCCCUGAAGUGGUCGCUGUCCGAGAUCAUAUGACCCACAUAGUCAACAGCAUGUCGCAGCCACAGAGGAUCUUUGACAGCACUCUGCCAAGUCUGGAUGCCCCUUAUCCCAUGCUGGUUUUAACUGGUCCUGCAGCUUGUGGCAAACGAGAACUCGCCCACCGCCUCUGCAGACAGUUUAAUACUUACUUCAGAUAUGGGGCCUGUCACACCACAAGACCGCCGUACUUUGGUGAAGGGGAUCGAGUUGAUUAUCACUUUAUCUCUCAAGAAGUUUUUGAUGAAAUGCUGAGCAUGGGGAAAUUUAUUCUAACAUUUAAUUAUGGCAAUCACAAUUAUGGAUUAAAUAGGGACACUAUAGAAGGUAUUGCAAGAGAUGGAUUAGCAAGCUGCAUUCAUUUGGAGAUAGAAGGUGUAAGAAGUUUGAAAUAUUCCUAUUUCGAGCCCCGGUAUAUCUUGGUGGUGCCUAUGGACAAGGAAAAAUACGAAGGAUACUUGCGGAGGAAGGGAUUAUUUAGUCGAGCAGAAAUUGAUUUCACCGUCUCCAGGGUGGAUAUUUAUAUUAAAAUGAAUCGGAAAUUUCCAGGAUAUUUUGAUGCAGUAAUCAAUGCAGAUGACCUGGACAUUGCCUACAAAAAGCUAAGUGAGAUCAUUCGAGAAUACCUGGGGCUGACGGAGGAAGUUGAUAAGGGCUUGGCCCCAACUGCAGCAGGAGGUCCCUCUAGCAAGAAGACCAUCUCUGGGGUCCCAGCACACCUGGUCCCCUCCCCCAGGCGCUUGGCAAGACUGCAAGCAGAUGGCCAAAACCCAGAAGCUCUCCUGGAAGUGCAGACUCAUUCAAAGAGCCCCCUCCCACAGAGCCAAGAGUCAACUGAGGAGGGACAGCCCCCUAAGAAGGAUCCUUCUCCCAGCAGCCACCUAAAUCCACCUCAGGAGGUCAGCUCUUCAACACUUGGUAAUCCUCAGCCAGCCCAAGACAUAUCUCCAAAGGGGAAGGUAGGGGGUGGUCAGGCAGCCCACCUUCCUCCAAAGAUAAUCACUGAGAUGGAUGAGCCUGAAGAUGAGCCUGGGCCGCAUGAGCUAAAAGCAGAAGGACAGUCUUCUACUAUUGCAUCUCAAGAGCCACCUCAGCAUCCUAACCCCCCUCCCCAACCCAGCCCUCAGCCAGACCAGGAUAAGAAAUCUGGAGAGAGCAAAGGAGCUCCCAGAACCCUCCCUGAACCUGCUGGACCCGACCCAGCUUCCCUCAGUCCUCAGAGAGUGCAGGAUGAGGGAACUGAGCCGGCCAACCCUGCACCCAGCAGUUCCCCUCACAAUCCCCCAGAAGAUCCUGCCCCUUCUGAUGUAGUGAAGCCUACUGGGGGCUCCCAACCACCUCUGAAGGACGGAACCCCCAAAGCAGAAGUUGUCCGGGCCAGUACUCCUUACCCAGAAAUUCCACCUCCCCAAGACAAAUCCACAAACUCAAAACAUACCCAGGUCAUGGAGCAGCCCAUGGCCUUGCUUCCUAGAAGCCGACUGGCUCCCACCAGGCUUCCCCAGCCCCAGAACCUGGCGCCUCUCCAGAGCAGGAGACCCACACCCAAGCUUCUGUCUCCCAGCAGGGAAGAGGCUUUGGGGACAAGCUCUGAUCAGACCCCAGCUCCCUCUCCAAGGUCUCUCCCAACUCAGGAUGACCCCGGUAAGCUUCCUCUCAUCAGCCCUCCCCAGUCCAAACCGCCCCCAAACCCAAGCCCCAAUGCAGCCCAUAGUCCACAGCAAGCCCAUGCUGGAAAAGCCAGCGAGGUGAAGCUCCCACUUAUUAGCCCCCCGGUCCAGGAACAAGCCCAGCAGCACUCCCCCAACCCUCCCCAGGAAGAGGCGGCGGCGCCCACAGUCCAUUUCCCACAUAUUGCUGCCCCCUCUGUGGAACCUUCACUCCCUCAGAACACUAGGCCAAGGCCUGCUUCGAAACCUGCAAAGGGAAGGGAAACUCCCAAAGUAGGUCACGGUCACGCCUCCAACAAGAAAAUUCCAGGUCUGCAGGCCUCACCUCACAGCCAGGAGACUGCUAAGCAGAAGGACACAAGGAAAAAAAAUCUCAGGCAGAGAGAGACAGCUAAAGGGUCCCCACACCUGAGAAAGAUACCAGCCGGAAAGUCUCAGACAGCUCAGCAGUGGGAAUCCCACAACAAGCCAACUCCUAGGAAUGUGUCUCACCCCCUUGACUCGGGGUCCCCUCUGAGCCACACCAAAGCCACCUCUGCAGACCCCCAGAACCAGGAGGAGAAAACCCGCAAAGCACAAAAUUCUGGAAAGAAGGACUUGGCUCAGUCUAUAGGUACGUCCCCAAACCCAGAAAUGUCUGAAGGAUUAGUUCAAGAAAAGGUCCUCAGUGAGAAUCAGUCAAUCCAAGAAGCCCAGCUCCCACAGCCUGCUGCCAAGUCAGGACAUGGAGAACAGGCUCAAAAAAAGGAAAGGUCUCAGAAGAGAGAGGUUUCCGGGAAGUCUCCAGAGCAGGGGACUGCAGCCCCUAGCCAGCUGAGGGCCAAAGAGACACAAGCCCUUAAAGACUCCAGUGAGCUCAGACAGGGCUAUGCCCAGAGGCACAGCAUACGUACAUCUAAGCAGCAAUCCAAAGAAAAACGAACUCGAAAAAAUGGGGAUGCACCACAGAGCAGAAGCCCUGCUGCUCCUCAGGAUCAAAUGUCAGAGGAGGAGCCCAGCAGCCGGACAGGAAGACUGAGAGCCAGGGGCAGCCAGAGCAUCAAAGUGUAAGCCCUGGUUCUGGAGAAGCUGUGACCCCUGGAAGCUAUGCUGUCAAGCAAGGAGGUGCCACUGGUUUUCUUCAGCGACCACCAGUCAGCACCUCUCUUUGGGGUUGGGGGUUUCUCAGAAGUCUUUGUAGCUCUGUUGCCCUUGUGGCAACAGCUGGGGGAGACAGCUGGUCUGCUGCUGGUGUCAUCAAGGGGCUCUGUGUUCAGCUAUGAAUUUCAAUAGGACUUAUGGCUGAAGAAGGGCAGAUUAUCAUAACAUUUUGUUCUCUUCAUUAGGAACAUUCACUUCUAGACUAGAAAAUUUCUUCAUGCUUUUUGCAUUAUUGGAGGGGCCUGCAGCAAAAAAAAAAAAAAAGAAGAAGAAGAAGAAGAAGAAGAAGAAGAAGAAGAAGAAGAAGAAGAAGAAGAAGAAGAAGAAGAAGAAGAAGAAGAAGAAGAAAGCUUGAAGGUUUUAGAGAUUGCCAGCCUGCACUCAACUCAUGAGGAUGCAUCGCUGCAAGCCAGACACUGGCCAGGCCAAGCAUUCGAAGUCUGAAUUGGCAUAUGUUUUUGUUUGUACAUUUCAACACAAGUAUCUUCCUUCUGUCUUUGAAUAGGAACCUCAUGGUCCAUGUCUUCAUUAUUCCAAAGCAUCUGGUUGAAUUUGUAGGGAGAAAAUUCAGGGGAAUCAGUUUUUCUUAUAUCUUUCCAUAUUAUUGUGUUAUAUUCCUGGCAAUGACUAAGGGACAGCCAAAGCCAGCCUUGGAAAGCUAUUAGAAGGAAGUAUGUGUGCAUCUCACACAACCACACUGUGAGAAGGACCAGGGUGCAGCAGGCUCUCAAGGGGCCAGCCAUUGAGCAUCACCAAGGUUCUUGUCAUCUUCUGGACUAAGCAAAAGUCUAGGACUGCCAUCACUUCUCAUCAUUCUCCAUUCUUUGAACUACAAAUGGUUACAUGUCAUUCUCUCUACAUAGCAGGAACAUGCCACCAACCACUCUCAAGUCACAUCUCACCACUGCUAUAAAGGGAUUCAUCUAAAUCAUCCUUAAUCCGAGAUUAAAAAGAAAAUCCAAAGAAAGGCUGAUUGCCACUUGAAUCAAACAUCCUUUUACAACAGUCAGCUCUGACCUGGGCAUGGCUACCACACCCAUAACCCACUGGGUUCACUGCUCCAUAUGGAGACUGUUUCUGGAAAGGAGGGUAAUUGCAGUCAAGACCACCAUCCCACGAUUCCACUCUUUUAAAAAAGAAAAUAAUCAUUAAGUACCUACUGUGUGUACAGGCCAGGUAUUGAUAUUGACACUAUGUUUGAUAUCCAUAUUUCAGUAUAUAACCAAUGACUAGUGCCUGUGUUUUCCCUCAUACAAAAGGUAUGUGCUUACAAACUUGUAUGAAUAGCAAAUGUUAUCUCUGGUGUGGCAGAGGACACUGAUUUUUUUUUUUAAAUCAGGAAUGUAGGGAGUGGACAGAAUCUUCUCAUAACUAUGAAAUAUUAGUAGGUAUCCUCUGAUUUAUCUCCCUUCUCCAGGAUAAAAGUUACAGGCUGGUUUUUGUAAUUUAUGUUUAUUAAGUGAAGGCAUCAUCAAGAAGGCUUUCUUGAGCAUUUUCUAUGUGCCAGACAAAGUAAUGGUAGCUAGGUAUAUCACAAGAUGAUGCUGACACUCCAGGGAACUCUGACAAAACGGUCCAUUACUACACCAUGUAAUUAGGGUUCUGGAGAUCCCAAAGCAGGCUUAGCUGUAUUUGGCUUCCCAUAGAUAAGAAAACCUACUCAUUUAAUUUUCUAGGCUGUAGUAAGGGCACUCACUCAAUGACUGCCAAGGAAGGGCACUGAGUUCCGGCUGCUGGAACCAUACCAGGAAACACUUCAAAGAGAAGUUCAUCCCUCAGCUGAGACUUCAGGGAUGCAGAGUUGGUCAAUGGACGGGUGCCGAAGAGCAUGCUUCCUGUUGCCUAAACACACAGGCAGGAGCAGCUAGUGUCUCCUAAGGACCCGGGACCCGGCUGCCAGGUGAACUGUAGGUCUAUCUAAUCUGUGCCAUGAGAAGGAGUUUUGGAAGCCUUGUCUUGUAACAGCAUGGGGAGGGCAGGGUGCUUAAAUUUAUACUUUAGGGAUAAAGUUAAGGAAGACAAUACUAGAAACAGAAUGAUGGGCACAUCAUAGUGGGAGUUGGGACAGAGCUAGGUAAGGGCCUGAAAGAUAGCACUGGUGUCGGGAGGUCAAAUCCAGUUGGGAUUUAGCUUGGCAAUUGAGAGGGUUGAUGAUGAAAGACAGCAAGCAAAGGAUCUCCUCUACAUUUUUUUUUUGAGAGGGUCUCUCUAUGUAGCCCUGGCUACAACUAGAACUUGCUAUGUAGACUAGACCAGGUUGGCUUUGAAUUCACAGGGAUCACCUGUCUCUGCCUCCUGAAUGUUUGGGUUAAAGGCAUGUGCACUGUGAUGCCCAGCACACCACUCCUUUUCUAUAUAAAGAGUUUGGGGUGCUUUUGUGGGUCAGAGCCUCAUCUGAGAAGCGGGCUCUGGAACCACGUUGGGUGUCCUCUUUGGUACUGUUAUGGGGGCCUCUGGAGCUGUUUCCUUAGUGUCUGAGUGGGAUGCAUUAAGCAAGUUUCCCUCUGCUGUGGAGGAGGCUCUAACCCUGGGGUUCAUAAUAAUAAGAGGGUUUUUUUUCUUUGUGAUUUUCUGUGGUUUGAAGUUUUAUGCCUCAGAUUCACUGCUGUUGGACAUUUUGAAAGGAGAGCGGGAGACAUUGUCUCUGGUGAGAGGUUUUUACUGCUAGUCUUGGUUACCUUCCCACAAGGAAAAGCUUCAAUUUUUCAAAGCAGAGCAGAAAUAUAUAAAAUGACCUCUUUCCAUCUAUACUAACAGGCAAAGUUCAUAUUGCUUCCUCCUGGGGUUUGUCACUAAGAGAUCUUUUGAGAGAGAGAGAGAGAGAGAGAGAGAGAGAGAGAGAGAGAGAGAGAGAGAGAGAGAGCUAGCCAUGGUGGACUUUAAAAGUCACUGUGCUCCUAAUGUUACCUUCUUAACGAAGUCCGGUGUUUAGUGUUCAAAUCAACAGAGAACGUUUCCAUCAGGUGUAAGAGCCUUCUUCACGUAUGUAAAGAGCUGAGCCCCAAAAGAGAAGGCACGAUCAAGCAACUCACAAAAGAGGAAGUGGAAAUGUUCAAUAAACAUGUCAGGAACAGUUCAGCCUCACUGUAAGUUAAAACAGAACAUACUUUUUUUGAUACCACAUUUUUGAUACCAGAUAUAAAACAGAUUAAGACCUGUUUGGGUGAAGUGUUGGUGUCAACAGUAGGAGGCACAUUGGCAUGCCUUUUCUGGGGAACAGUUUCUCACCCCCUGUCAAAGAGAUGCAGUUUACAGACCUUUAAUCUGAUCUCUUAGAGGAAAUGUCUGAGAGAAUGUUCAUAUCAAAUUUUAUAAUGAAGGUUAGAAAUAGUCCAUGUAAUGGAAUUUCUGAAAUACAUUUAUAACACAGCCAUCUGCUAGACAUUUGCCUUAUGUUGCCCUUAUAAUCAUGUAGAAUCUUUACUUAGAAGACAGUGUUCAUUACAAAUGAGGAAGAAAGUUUGGUUAAAGAGGUACAGUCAGUAUGGCUCUCAUGUUAGCUCUGGGAUGCUAGAUUGUGACUAGUUUUUUUUUCUGUCAUUUGUGUUUUUGGUAUUUUCUAAACUUCUACAGUGAGUUCAUGUGUAUUCUGAAAAGGGAAACAGAAUUAAUGCACAUGUGUGUACUUCACACUUACGUAUGUAUGUACAUACGUGCACACAUAUACACACAAUGUAAAGGGCUGCCAUGUCUAUUUGGUCUAUUCCAAUUUGACAUAUUAAAGGACUUUCUGAGAGUCGGCAGUGGCUUGCAGAAGAGCAGAACAGGUCCUUCCAGACAUCAGAUGUGUCAUCUUACAAAAGAGUCACCAUGUGUUGGGUGACUUUGUAGAGUGGAUGGAACUGAAGUUUCUCUUUGUGAUUUAUGUUCCACUUAUAACAACCGGUCUACUUGUUGGUUAUGAAGAAUCUAGGUGCCUUUUUCAUUAAGUAGCGUGUGUGCUAUUAUAGUAGAAAAUGGAAUGUUCCUAGUAUUCAUUAGCUCACUGACUUAAAAUACUUUUGAGCAAGCUCCAUAGGUAGAAGUACAUUUCACAGUAUCAUGGCCCAGUAAACACAUCCACACAUAGGAAAUAAAAUAUCGUAGGACGCCUUUCAUAGGCAACGCACUAACAUCUUCUGUGGUGCUGGGUUUAAAUUUAUAAAUGCAGGUUAUAGCUUACUCAAUCAAUUUUACACUGUAGUUUGCACUCCACAGUGUGAAAAGCUAUGAACUGAGCCUUCUGGACCUCAACCUUAUCCUGUUCUAGGGCCUAUUUGCUAGGUCACCUACUUUCUCUAUCUGCCUUCAGGUUGGUUGGAUAGGCUAACCUCAGCUUCUACUGAAUUCUUCUCUGAGAGCAGGAUCUGAUAUAUUGGCAAUUAAGUCUUUUGUUAUUGUUUGGCCUCAGCCUGAAUGUACCGAAACUUCUUAUACAUAGCUAUAAGCUCUUAUAUAAAGCUUAAAAACACUUGAAAACACUCUCAAUCAGUGACUAUGUCACUAGUAAGUAAUGAGCCAACUCCCUUGCCCUCAGCUCCAUGGCAACCCUGUAAACAACACUGUUAUAAUAAAGGAGCCUCCAAAUUCCACUUGCAGUGCUGAUAUGGUACCUAGCACAAUAUGAUCAUAAGUGAGUUUACAUGCAUGGUAGGGUUUGAAAGACUACCUUCAGUAGUAACUUUAUUGUGUUGACUAGGCAUCCAAAGAAGAGAGCAAAUGCCCGCCCCUCUUGUGUGUUGCUGGUAGGUGAUGUUAGCACAGUAGACCUCUAACCUUAAAGCUGACUGUGGGAUGGCCAUCAUGGGCAGCAAAAUCUGAAUACCUCCUGUUAAUGAUUGUAACCUUAGAAAGUCUUGAUUACAAAUGACACUGAAUGUCAAAAUGAUCCUUGGAAAUGCAGUCUAGUUGGGAGUGAAUGGAUGAGUAUACAGAAAGCUCCCAGAAUAAUGUCUGCCCUGUGGUAGGUACUGAGAUGAGCGUUUGUUAGCACUAACAUGUAAACAGCAUAAUAAUAAUAAUAAUAAUAAUAAUAAUAAUAAUAAUAAUAAUAAUAAUGAUGCAUUUGAUUAUGAAUUAGAACAGGACAGUGUGCCCUACUUAAACUAGGUGGAAAUGUUUGUUAAAUGAAAUUGUCUUCUCUGAAAAUCCCUUUAUGACUUUAGCCUUGAGUAAGUUAAGGAGCUUAAACAAAAUUAGAAUGAUAUUAAAAAGAAAUGGUAGUUCAGCAUAAUCCCCAAGAUAGAGGGCUUCUUCAGUAGGCAUUCACAGUCAGACAAGAAGAGGCAUCAAAUCUGAGCUGAUGGUGAAUUUCUUUGUGACACAAACAUCAAACGCUUAGGAUAACAGCAACAGCUGGCACAUAGUACAUGCUCAAUAAAUGGUAUCUAUUCUUUUUAUUGUUAUCUCAUUGUCGAUAGAGAUCAAGUAUAUUCUACUGGGUAGAUAGCUCAUGCUGUCACUUUACGUGUCUGGGUAACAAACAAGCACAUUUAUUGGUUUUUCUCUUUGUGGUGAGUUGAGACAAAGUCUGGUUUUUACUUCUGGAUCUACCAACCCUCAGUUUCCAAGAACAAAACUAAACAUCCAAGUGAAGAAAAGCAGGAAAACCUUUGCUGGGGAAAGUGACCAACGACAUAGUGACUUGGGGACAGUUGCUCAUAAAGCUUAAUUACGGCCAGGUGCACCAGCAUGAGCCUGGGCCCCCACUACUCAUGAGGCUGAGGAAAGAAGAUCCCCUAAAUCAAGGGAAACUGUUUUGGCUGGUGGCAGUGUGGUGCAUCAGCAAAAUUUAUUCAAACAUAUUGGUCAAAGUAGAGGAAACUUUAGGCCUGUGCUAAAGCUCCCUGCAGGUUUCUGUCCCCUCCUGCCUGUCACUGCUACCUUUCCUUGUCUCCAACUUUCCCAUAUAAUACAGAUCUUAUGUAGUAAGCUUGCAGUCUUGGUGUUUGCUCUCCUCCAUAUUUUAUUUCCUUCAAAGCAACAACUAACAACUUCAUGACAAACUUGCUCAUUUUGUAAAAAGUCCUGGAUUUAUCAUAUGUUUUAACUGGAAUGUUCUGGAAUUGGUGUCUGAAUGCUGUCUUCACCUCCACUGAAGACAUUACAAAACAUGAAGUCUGCAAGGAAGAAAAGGUUUUGAACUUCAUUUUCUCCGUAUGUGAAUCUAUUUUCACACACGUUCUUUUCUUCCUGGUGUGGCAUCUGUUUUUGUUUAUAUAGCUGGUUAUCCCUCUGAUUGGACAUCGAAGAAUAGAGCAUCUCACUGUUCCAGUAGUUCAGCAGAUGCUUUCAUUUCACCAUAGAAACAUGAACAUUACUACUCUAUUUCGCUGGACUUAUGAGAUAGCUUUCUGUGUAGCAUCCCAUUUUGCUAUGGAAAAUUAUCAUGGGUAUUACAUGAAAUGAUUUUUCUGAUUGCUGUUAUUCCUUUCUUAGAGCACAAACAGACAUGAUGUUUUGAGAUGCAGUUCUGUAUUAGAAGAAUAGUUUCUUUUGGUAUCUUCAGCUUUGUGAAAAUACUCCCUAAUGAACUCAUUGUUUUUCUUCACUUCCCACCACAAAGUGUAUAACUAUUCUAUUAGAAAUAAAUAUUUUACAUUCUAUAGCACAUUAUUGUGUUUUAAGUUGUCUUAAGCCCCUUUUCAUGGUUGUAUAUUUCAUGAUGUAUAUUUUUAUGUAUAUUUCCUGUAGGGGGUUGUGGGGACUUACUUGUGGAUAUGUAUUAAUCCUGGCAGGGAUACAUUACUCUUAAUUAAAAGAAAACUGCAUCUUUUCAUGGGAUAAAGAAAGGAAUGCUUUUUAAGUCACUGGGUAUGGAAAACUUUUUCUUCCUGAAAAUUGGAGCCUAUUUUCCAAGUCAUCCAUUCCAGAGACUUUCUUUCAAAGAGAGAAAAACUAGUGGGAAUGCAAUUCCUUUGCAAAAUUUCAUCUAAAUAUUCACAGACUUUCCUAUUGAAAAAUGAUCAGCCUUGCGUGUAUGGAGAGUGGUCACAUGGAUACUCUACACAAGUACACAUCUUACUACCAUAAAAACAUUGCUUAUUAAAAUGGGCUUUCACUUUCCAUAUUAUUCACGGCCUGGCCACUACAUGGCAAUUUAAUUAGUACUUCCUGCCCUAGAAGUUUUCCUGUGAUGGCACAUCCUUAACAUAGAUUAUUUUCCCCUUUCCUGUCUGUAAAAUAUCCUAUGUUGCCUGUGUGAUACAAUAUUAAACAUGUCCGUGGUUUGUUCCCAGUGUGUUGUCAUUGUCACAUUUGCUGGUUGGAUUGGAUUCUGUGCUCAUUCUUUUAAAAUGCAUUGUCCAAAUAGUAUUUAAGUCAUUUGACUUCAAAGGAAUGUGUCUAAAUAUGAGGUGCAAGCCAUUUAAGAUCAUUUGAAAAUCCCUUCCAGUUGUUCCAUGUCCUUUUGCAAUUCUACUGCGUCUGGUAAUGAUACUAUCCAUAAAGCAACUUUAAAAUCU